AUGUCCGCAGCUUCCCUUCCCGCCUCUGUUGAGGCUCUAUCCCUCCAAUCCACGGCGCAGAAGUCUCAGUUCGCCGGCUGCUUCCCGACACUGAACCCGAUAGAUAUCUACCGCCAGCACAUCGCGGAGGAGUUGAGCAAAGUCUCUGGUAUCGAUGCUCAGAAGAUCUACCCGCGCAUUGCCUGGACCAGCACUUUGGACAAGGGUGACCUUUCAUUGCCGGUGGCUUCUCUCCAGGUUAAGCAAAACCCCGUGGAGCUUGCCAAGGAUCUUGUCUCCAAGUUCCCCGCCUCCGACCUUAUCCACCCCCCAACUCAGCUUGGUCCUCACAUUCAGUUCUUCUGCAAACCUCAGCCAUUGACUGGCAAUGUUCUUGGUCGUAUCCUGAAGGAGAAGGCCGCCUAUGGAACAAACGGCAACCAGGGUCAGAAGGACCCCUCCGACCCCUCCAAGGGCCAGAAGAAGAUCAUCAUCGAGUUCUCGUCGCCCAACAUCGCCAAGCCCUUCCACGCUGGUCAUCUGCGCAGUACCAUCAUCGGUGGUUUCCUCGCCAAUAUCUACACUGUUAUGGGAUGGAAGGUCACUAAGAUGAACUACCUGGGUGACUGGGGUAAGCAGUAUGGUCUGCUGGCCAACGGUUUCAAGGAAUUCGGCAGUGAUGAAGCUCUUAUCAAGGACCCCAUCAACCACCUGUUCGAUGUCUACGUCAAAAUUAACCGUCAUGUCAGCGAACAGGAUGGACCUAUCAAGGAGCUGAAGGAACAGAUCAAGGCCAAGAAGGAGAAGAACGAGGACGUUGCUGAGCUUGAGGCACAGCUUGCCAAGCUUGUGGACGUGAGCGAGGACGAGAAGGCCCGUCGCUACUUCAAGAGUAUGGAGGACGGUAACCCAGAUGCUCUUGCUCUCUGGCGUAAGUUCCGUGAUCUCAGCAUUGAGAAGUACAAGCAGACCUACGCUCGUCUCAACAUCGACUUCGAUGUUUACUCCGGUGAAUCUCAGAUCAAGUCUGAGAGCAUGACCGAUGCCUAUAAGCUCAUGGAGAAGGCCGGUGUCUCCGAGGAGUCUGAGGGUGCUGUCAUUGUGGACUUCACCAAGCACGGUGCCAAGAAGCUCGGCAAGGCUAUCAUUGUCCGCAAGGAUGGAACUCCCCUCUACCUGACCCGCGAUAUCGGUGCUAUUACUGAGCGUGAUAACGAGUACCACUUCGACAAGAUGAUCUACGUUGUUGCCGCCCAGCAGGAUCUCCACCUGGCUCAGCUCUUCAAGGUCACUGAACUUAUGGGCCACAAGGACCUGGCCUCCCGUUGCCAGCACAUCAACUUUGGUAUGGUUCGUGGUAUGAGUACUCGUAAGGGUACCGUCAAGUUCUUGGAUGAUAUCCUCCACGAUGUCGGUGACAAGAUGCAUGAGGUCAUGAAGAAGAAUGAAGUGAAGUACGCACAGGUCGAGGAUCCCGUGAAGACUGCCGAUAUUUUGGGUAUCACCUCCGUCAUGGUGCAAGAUAUGACUGGCAAGCGCAUUAACGGCUACGAGUUCAACCUGGAUGCCAUGACAUCCUUCGAGGGUGACACUGGCCCAUACCUGCAGUACGCUCACGCUCGUCUGUGCUCGAUGACCCGCAAGUCCGAGUUGGAUGUCGACGAGCUGGUCAACGCCAACUUCGAUCUUUUGACCGAGCAGCACGCUGUCGACUUGGUCCGCCUUCUGGCCCAAUGGCCCGACGUACUUCUGCAGACUGCCAAGACUCUUGAGCCCAUCACUGUCCUCAGCUAUCUGUUCCGCAUGACACACAUGUUGAGCUCUAGCUACGAUGUGCUCAAGGUGAUCGGUAGCGAGCCAGAUGUCAAGCAGGCACGUAUGGCGUUGUAUGCCUCAGCCCGCCAAGUUCUGAACAACGGCAUGCGCGUUCUUGGUCUCAGCCCUGUUCAGCGCAUGGGCGAUCCCUCAACCUUGAUCGCAUCCACGACCCCGGACCUGGAGUGGAAUGACAGCGGACACUUUUUGAUGAAUGAGACCGUUCGGAAUUUCUCGUGGCAAGGUUUAACGGUCACUGUCAAGGAUCGGGAAACCAAGAAAUCCCGCGAUCUGAUCAAUGAUAUCAGUGGUGAUGUGAAACAUGGGGAGCUCGUUGCCCUAAUGGGCCCGUCAGGCUGCGGCAAGACAACACUCCUCAACGUGCUUGCUCGACGUGCCGCGUCAGCUGGUGCGAAGGUUCUCGGGGAGAACUACGUGAACGACACACAAAUGGACUCACGGGAUUUCCAACGAGUGACCUCUUACGUCGAGCAGGAAGAUGUGUUGAUCGGGUCGUUGACGGUGCAGGAGACAUUGAAGUUCGCGGCGGAUCUCUCGUUGCCCAGUUCUGUGUCAAAACGCCAGCGCAUGGAUCGAAUCCGGACACUUUUGGAAGCAUUUGGUAUCCAGAACCAGGCAAACACGUUGGUUGGAACCCCGAUCCGGAAGGGCAUCAGUGGUGGUCAGAAGCGACGUGUGAGUGUGGCUAGCCAGCUUAUCACCAAUCCAAGGAUUUUGUUCUUGGAUGAGCCCACCAGCGGUCUAGACUCGACUGCCAGCUUUGAGGUUAUGUCGUAUGCAAAGGAGCUCGCGCGAGCCAAUAACCUUCUUAUCAUUGCGAGUAUCCACCAACCAUCAACUACGACGUUUAACCUCUUCGAUAAGCUGCUGCUUCUAUCGGCAGGAAAAACAUGCUAUUUUGGGGCAAUCUCAGCUGUGGAGAGCUAUUUCAGUGGCAUUGGCUAUCCAAUCCCCAUGCAAACCAACCCUGCUGAAUUCUUAUUGGAUACUGUCAGUUCUGAUUUUGCCAGCUCGAAGGACUUCGAAGAGGAUCGAGUCGAGGCCAUUCAGACUGCUUGGGCAAACUCGAAUGAGGCAAAAUCACUGUCAAGACAAGUGUCCGAGCGAGUAAGCUCAGCAGAGAAACUUGCUAACAAAGGCUUCAUGGAAGAAAAGACUCGACCGGGAACGAUUUCGAUAACUACAGCUCUGCUACAUCGCUCAUUUGUUAAGUCUUACCGCGAUGUCAUUGCUUAUGGAAUCCGAAUCGCAAUGUAUCUUGGAUUGGCUAUCAUGAUGGGCACAGUAUGGCUACGUCUUCGUCCAUCGCAAGACUAUAUACAGCCGUUCAUCAACGCUAUUUUCUUUGGCUCCGCGUUCAUGUCUUUCAUGGCGGUAGCAUAUGUCCCCGCAUUCCUCGAAGACCGGGCAACUUUCACCAAAGAACGAGCCAACGGACUAUAUGGUGUGACACCAUUUAUAGUCUCAAACUUUCUCAUUGGGCUUCCCUACCUGUUUUUGAUAUCCAUCCUCUUCUCGAUCGUCUCAUACUGGCUCUCCAAUUUCCAACCAACAGCAAAAGCAUUUUUCACCUGGGUGAUGUGGAUAUUCCUUGACCUUGUGGCCGCUGAAUCCCUAGUGGUCCUCGUGACAUCGAUAUUCCCAAAUUUUGUAAUCUCCUUGGCGCUUGUUGCAUUCGCAAAUGGUCUUUGGAUGAGUGUCGGAGGGUUUCUGAUCACGCAGAAGAUUCUCAAUCCGUUUUGGAAAUAUGUGUUCCACUACAUUGAUUACCAGUGUCUCAUUCGGGGCACUGGAGUGCUAGAAUCGUAUGGGUAUUCCACUGGUCAGACAGGCAAGUGGGUUGGGAUUCUUCUAGGCAUCAUUGUGGGAUAUCGAGUCCUUGGAUGGAUUGCUCUCUAUCUUCGCAGGAAUUAG